AUCCCAACUUCUCUUGUAAUUAAUCCAGAACCUUCCUUCUGUUUUCUGCAGAAAAAAUAUAAACUAUUUUACAACACAAGUAUCAGAAUUUGAGAAACUCAUAAGGAGGAUGAUUUUGGAGAGCAUGAGUCUUGGAAAUUACUUGGAUGAACACAUGAGCUCGACUACUUGUGUUCUUAGAGUAAUGAAAUAUCAAGUGCCUCAAAUUACUGAACCAACGUAUACCUCAAAGCCCCACACAGAUAAGAACUUAAUUACUAUAUUGUAUCAAAAUCAAGUUGAUGGGCUGGAGGUACAAACCAAACAUGGUGAGUGGAUUGGUGUGGAACUCUCACAAGAUCACUCUUUUGUCAUCUUGAUUGGGGAAUCCUUUAGAGCAUGGACGAAUGGUCGAUUGCACCCGCCGUAUCACCGCGUAAGGAUGAGUGGAAGCGAGGCAAGGUACUCUGCUGGAUUGUUUUCCUUUUUCAAAGCAGGUUAUAAAACCAAAACCCCUGAAGACUUGAUCGAUGAAGAUCAUCCCUUGCUUUACAAGCCAUUUGAUUAUUUUGAAUUCCUCAAGUUUUUUUCGGCCUGGGCACCCAAGGCUCAGCCUAAUCAGUGUGCUUUAAAGGCUUACUGUGGUGUGUGAUAUUCUUAAUCUUAAAUUAAAGCAACCUUAUGAGGU